AUGGCCUCCAAGUAUGCAUUCAGUGCCGGCCUGAAGGAGCUGAGAUUCCUGUUCUGCCAGACGAGCGAGCACAGCGCCGCGACACGGAACUUCCUCCAGCGCAGCUACCCCACCAUGAAGAAGCACAACCCGCACACGCCCAUCCUCAUCCGCGAGGCCACCGGCAUCGAGCCCACCCUCUACGCGAGAUACAACUACGGAAAGGAGAAGAAGGUCACACUGCGCGGUCUGGACGACAAGUCGAUUGAGCAAAAGGUCACCGAGCUUGUGCACUCCGACUCUGCAUAA